UAUAUUAUAAUAACAUAAGAACGAACCAUUGCCGGUUCUGCCUUGUACUACCAUAAAUUAAAAUCCCUUAUCCAUCCUUAAACAUGGAGAGAACUCUCUACUUCUAUGCUAAACUUCUGUUGUUACAUUCUUUAAUGGCUUCCUUAACUGCAUUAGCCGCCGCCACCACCAACACCACCACAGAUCAUUCUGUCCUUCUCGCAUUGAAAUCCCAUAUUAUAACUACUGCUGAACAUUAUAACAUGUUGUCACAUAACUGGUCAAGUGAUACAUCAAUUUGCCACUGGGCAGGAGUGACCUGUAGUAGUAGCCAAAGAGUGACUGGAUUAAACAUUUCUAACAUGGGUAUUACUGGAACAGUUCCUCCACAACUAGGAAAUCUUACUUUCCUUGUUUCUUUGGACUUGCAAGGCAAUAAAUUUGGAGGAGAAUUCCCUACAUGGUUUCAUUUGUUCCCACAACUGAAAUACUUGUCUCUUGGAAAUAACAACUUGAAUGGAACUAUUCCUGGUUCUCUGUUUAGGUCAAAGAUGUUACAUACUUUAAUUCUAUCCAAUAAUUCUCUUCAAGGUCCAGUUCCAAGAGAGUGUGGGAAUGCGACGUUACUUCAGACAUUAAAUCUUGGACAUAACAAGUUGAUAGGUGUGAUUCCAGAUGAGAUUGGUAAUCUUCAUAACCUAAAAAUGCUAGUCAUGACAAGUAAUGACUUGGAAGGCUCUAUACCAUUGAAUGUAUUCAACAUUUCCUCAUUGGAAGUUAUUGAUUUAUCAAACAAUAGCCUUUCAGGGACUCUCCCUGAAAGCCUUUGCUUUAAUCUUCAAACACUUGGAGAGCUCUCCCUAUAUACAAACAAUUUACAUGGCCAUCUACCCAUCAGUUUAUCGGGAUGUUCAGCACUUCAAACUUUAUUACUUUUUGAAAAUGAAUUUAACGGAUCCAUACCCAGAGAAAUAGGAAAUCUUACUCUUCUCAAAACUCUGGGUCUCAUGGGCAAUAAUUUGACAGGUGAAAUACCAGUGGAAAUCAAGAACCUGGACAAAUUAGAGUGGUUUGUUUCAAGGGAUAACAAGUUAACCGGUCCAAUUCCUUCAGGAAUUUUCAAUAAUUCAUUUCUAAGAGUGAUCGAUCUUACUGGAAACCACCUCACUGGCAAUCUUCCAUCAACCAUAUGAUAUGGAU